AUGGACCUAAAUAAUAAGGAAAUCGAAGAAGCGGUACUGAAACAAAAUGGUACACUGCUAAAAGAAAUAUCUACCUCACAAAUGCACAUAAAAGUAGUGAGAAGGGUCAAAGGCCGUACCAACACAUUAAACAACGUCACAAUAUUUUUGAUUGAGAAAGAGUUCAUGUUAAGUUACCUACUUAACUUGCAAUGCGGUUAA